AAGAGUGAAUAGCAGUAAUCCUUUCUUUUCUCCUCUUUUUUUUUUCCCCAGAAAUAAUUAUAUCUAUAAUGUCAAAGAAAGUUAUUGUCCUAGGUGCGGGUGUAAGUGGUUUAACUACUGCUAUAAGUCUUUUAAGACACGGAUAUAAGGAUGUCUUGGUGAUAGCAAAACAUGUACCUGGUGAUUUAUCAUCUGAAUAUACUUCUCCUUGGGCUGGUGCCUCCAUUUUAACAGUCGCUGAUUAUAAUGAUUAUCGUCUUCAAGAUAUGGACACAUAUACUAUGAAAGAAUUUAAACGACUUGCUGAUGAAGAACCCGAGGCUAAUAUUAUGUAUUGUCCUGGUAUUCAAUACUGUGAAAGACCUGCUGCCCCAGAAGAAGAUGUCUAUUGGGUUAAAAAAAUUUAUGCAAAUGUUAAAGAAAUUCCUAAAAAUGAAUUGAUUUCUGGGGUGUCUCAUGGUUACACGUUUGAAUCUUUUACCGCAAAUGUACCAAAAUAUUUAAAAUGGUUAGUCAAGACAUUAAAAGGGCUUGGAGGACGUAUUGAAAGGAAGGCAUUCAAUAGUAUACAAGAAGUGAUUGAAGAAUAUAAAGAAUUUGAUAUUAUCAUUAAUUGCACUGGUUUAGGAUCUUAUCAUCUUAAAGAUGUUCGAGAUCAUACAAUGUUCCCAAUUCGGGGUCAAACUGUUCUUGUUCGUGCUCCCCAUGUUAAGACUCAAUAUUAUAUUGAUGGCUAUGAUAGAUGGACUUAUAUUAUUCCCCGAAAUGAUGGCACAGUCAUUUGUGGUGGUACAGUAGAUCGUGUCAAGAAAGAAACUGAACCAGAUGAAGCUAUUACUAAAGAUAUUUUACAACGCUGCUAUAACCUUUAUUCUGGAAUCACUCAUGGGAAAGGCCCUGAAGAUUUUGAUAUUAUUUCUAUUAAUGUUGGUUUUAGACCUGGUCGUAAAAAUGGUAUUCGCAUUGAAAAGGAAAUUAAACAGCGUUCUAAUGGGCAAAAAGUUACUGUGUGUCACAAUUAUGGUCAUGGCUCUCAUGGAUAUCAAUCUAGUUGGGGGGCUAGUGCAAAAGUAAUUGAAUUAAUUACUAAUGAUCGUAUUUCCAAGUUGUAAAUUAGUUUUAUAAUAAAUUAAAAGACAAAAAAAACAAUUACUUUUUUAUAUGUUA